CUUUGACUCUCUACUCUAGUGCGUUGGAGUGGGAGAGUGUGGAGGACCUUGGUUUCGAAGGACAGUGCAACGGGGGGAAAAAAGAAAAAGAAAGACCGAAAGAGUGGCGGAAAGUUGCAGAGAAUACAAGCAAGUGUACCGACGGGAAAAAAACAAGCCUAUCUUGGAAUACUCUCGAACGAUCGUCUAAAACUCGACAGGUUUAACUACGGGAGACGAUAAUGUCUGUGCAAAUGGGUGAGAUGGAUAGAGGGGUAACGAAGGUGACAGAGUGGCAGGAGACAAGGUACGGAAUCGACUCGGGCAUCCAGUCUGGAGCCAACACUAUCAGAGAUGAUGACGGCGACUUCACCACCACCAAGCAGUACACCGUGACCACCAGUGUCACAACCGAACCGCCUGACUCCCAGUACGUGUUGACCAGAGGGCAGCGGGUGAGGGCUGCCAUGUUCCCAGAGACGCUGGAGGACAGCACCACAAUCUUGGCUACGACCCAAACAGAUCCGUCCCAGCUGACUAACGUCCAACGACUGGCAGAGCCCUCCCAGAUGCUGAAGGCAGCAAUCGUUCAUCUGAUCAAUUACCAAGAUGAUGCUGAGCUAGCUACACGUGCAGUGCCUGAGCUCACUAAACUGCUCAAUGAUGAAGACCAGGUGGUAGUCAGCAAAGCAGCACAGAUUGUCAACCAAUUAACACGCAAGGAGGCGUCCCGCCAUGCGCUGAUGCAGUCGCCUCAGGUGGUGGCCGCGGUGGUGCGAGCCAUGCAAAACACCAAUGACAUGGAGACGGCCAGAGCCACAGCCAGCAUUCUCCACAACCUCUCCCACAAAAGAGAGGGUCUGCUGUCCAUUUUCAAGUCUGGUGGCAUCCCUGCGCUUGUCCGCAUGCUCAGUUCUCCAAUGGAAUCGGUGCUCUUCUAUGCUAUUACGACCCUCCACAACCUGCUUCUGCACCAGGAAGGGGCCAAAAUGGCAGUGCGUUUGGCUGACGGCCUGCAGAGGAUGGUUCCCCUUCUUAAGAAAAGUAACCCUAAGUUUCUGGCCAUUACUACAGACUGUCUCCAGCUGCUGUCUUAUGGCAAUCAAGAAAGCAAGCUCAUCAUCCUUGCCAAUGGGGGUCCCGAGGGUCUUGUUCACAUCAUGAGGAACUACAGCUAUGAGAAGCUGCUGUGGACUACUAGCCGCGUCCUCAAAGUCCUAUCUGUGUGCCCCAGCAACAAACCUGCCAUUGUAGAGGCUGGUGGGAUGCAGGCUCUGGGUAAACACCUGACUGGCAGCAGCCAACGUCUAAUGCAGAACUGCCUGUGGACACUCAGGAACCUGUCUGAUGCUGCCACCAAGCAGGAGGGAAUGGACGGCCUGCUGCAGGUGUUGGUCAACUUGCUGAGCUCGGAUGACAUAAACAUGCUCACCUGCGCCACCGGGAUCUUGUCUAAUCUCACGUGCAACAACGCCUACAAUAAAACGCUGGUCACCCAGAGCAACGGCAUCGAGGCGCUGAUCCACGCCAUACUGCGCGCCGGUGAAAAAGAGGAUGUGACCGAACCUGCUAUUUGCGCUUUGCGUCACCUGACUUCACGCCACCAGCAGGCUGAGGUGGCACAGAACGCAGUGAGGAGACAUUAUGGCAUUCCGGCCAUUGUCAAGCUUCUCAACCAGCCGUACUACUGGCCAGUUAUUAAGGCUGUGGUGGGCCUGAUCCGUAACUUGGCCUUGUCCCCGGAAAACCAGACCCCGCUGAGGGAUGCGGGCGCCAUCCCCCGUCUGGUCAACCUGUUACUCAAAGCCCACCAGGAUGCCCAGAAACACGGCUCAUCCAACCAGCAGACAUACCAGGAUGGCGUGAGGAUGGAAGAGAUAGUGGAGGGCUGUACAGGAGCCCUGCACAUCCUGGCUAGAGAUCCUGUCAACAGAGCAGAGAUCGCCAACCUCCAGACCAUUCCUCUUUUUGUUCAGCUUCUCUAUUCGCCAGUGGACAACGUGAAGCGCGUGGCAGCAGGUGUUCUGUGUGAGCUGGCUAUAGACAAACAAUCGGCUGAGGCCAUCGAUGGCGAGGGAGCGUCUUCCCCCCUCAUGGAGCUGUUGCACUCUGACAAUGAGGGCAUUGCCACUUAUGCUGCCGCGGUCCUCUUCCGUAUAUCUGAAGAUAAGAGCGCCGAGCACAAGAAGAGAGUUUCCAGGGAGCUGACACACUCCAUGUUCAAGCACGACCCUGCCGCCUGGGAGAUGGCCCACAACAGUGUCACCAUGGAAGCACCUUACCAAGAUGAGAUGGACCCUACUUUCCAAAACUUCGGGGGCUACCCGGGUGACAUGCCAAUGGAUGCCGUGGACGGCACCUUGAUGCAUGACGAUUUUGCUGGCAACAUGGUCUACGACAGACAGCAGCAGUUCGAGCCUUAUUAAAGAUCCAAAAGAGAAGCUGGCAGAAGGUGUGCCACUUGCCUAGAACGGAACAAAGAUCUUUAUUCAUUUUUACAUGUAAUAUAUGCAAUUAUCAUUGAGUACGGGACUCCUAAUCUUAACAGGGCUUACAUAUGUUUUAUAUCUUAAUAUUGCUGAGGAUCAUAUGCACACGCUUGGAAAAAGCUUCCAAGAUUGUGUGUAUGUGUGCUUAGGAGUUCAAGUGUGUUUGUGUGCGUGCGUUUCUGCUUUCGGGUGGGUAAUCUAUGCCAAAGAGAUUUUAUUUUGUGAGGAUAGAUUGCUAUUUUUUUUCCCCUUCAUCCUAAACAGAGGACUAGUUGACAACACUGCCGCAGGUGGGCUAGUGCGCCUGCUCAUCUUUCUUUUUUAAAUGCCUUUCAAAGAGUCAUUUUGACGUUAUAUUGUCAACUUUCUCCAGCCAGAACCACAAACUAUGAGACAGUUUGUGACACAUGUAGACACAAAUAGGGAAGGAGACACGCCUUGCUGAACGACAGCUGCUUCUUCUUAUCAAUUGUUUCUCACAUUUUAUUCUUUUAUAUUUUACGGGGGAAGGAUUGCAUUCUUUGCUUAACCAGAAAAUUAACCGUUUUUAAACGAAAGAAGAGCUUGUGUGUCUAUAACUAUUUACCAUUUGAUGUCAAAACUCGGAUUGGCGCAUCGGUUCAAAAAGAUUGACUGAUUUCUUUUUGUGGAUUUAAUAUAGUCGGGAUGCCAGCUGGAGAAACACUACUGACAGGGAAAUUUGUACUUACUAAGAGUUUUUACUGAAAUUUUCUUAAAUAAAAUUAAAGGAUAUAUUAAAUCGGCUUCUGUG